CUUACGCUGUUUGUUUACUUUAGGGAUAGAACUAGUGGCCAACUAUCGUUAGGGGGAAGAAUGAAUAGUAGAAUUAGACGUGAGGCUUUAGAGCGUGUUGUUGGUGAGGGUGAUAGGAAUUGUAUCUGGGAGUUGAGAAUGAACACAAAUGCCUUUGCUAAUUUGUGUGAGUUGCUCCAAGUUCAAGGAGGACUUACAGAGGAUGGUCAUGUAAGCUUGCCGGAGCAGGUUGCGACCUUCUUAAUUAUCUUAGCGCAUCACAAGAAAAACCGUAGUCUACAGGUUAGAUUUUGUAGGUCCGGCGAGACAGUUAGUAAGUAUUUUAAUAAAGUUCUGAAGGCUGUAAUGCGGAUUUAAAGCAUGUUGUUUGCCAAGGCUACACCAGUUGAUGAGGAUUGUGUUGACCCCACAUGGAGAAGGUUUAAGGGUUGCUUGGGAGCAUUAGAUGGCACUUAUAUAGAGGUGACAGUCCCCGAGUCUGAGAAGGCAAGAUACCGAACAAGAAAGGGUAAAAUCUGCACCAAUGUCUUAGGAGUGUGUAACCGGGAGAUGGGUUUUGUCUAUGUACUCAGUGGAUGGGAGGGUUCGGCAUCUGAUUCACGGGUACUUCGAGAUGCAAUAACUCGUCGUAAUAGUCUAAAGAUACCCCACGGUAAUUACUAUUUAGUUGAUGCUGGUUACACAAAUGGUCCGGGUUUUCUUGCACCGUAUAGAGGGACUCGAUAUCAUGUAAGAGAGUGGGCCCAGGGAGCACGUGCACCGCGUAACUACCAAGAAUAUUUUAAUAGGGUUCAUUCUUCUGCAAGAAAUAUCAUUGAGCGAUGCUUCGGUUUGCUGAAGAAGAGGUGGUCCAUCUUAAGAAGCCCUAGCUUUUACCCGCUAAAGACACAGUUUCAGAUAAUUAUUGCCUGUUGUUUGCUGCAAAAUUUCAUUCGAAAAAGUAUGGAGAUGGAUCCAGAGGAGGAAGGUAGCAUAUUGGAUGAAUUUACUCCUGAUGGAGACGAAGAACAAGAUGGUUUGAUUGAUGUGGUUGAAAACACAAACGAGUGGACUCACUGGCGUGACAACAUAGCAAAUGAGAUGUAUGAAGAGUGGCGUGCAAGUCGUACGGAGUAG